UGUGUGUGUGUGUGCUGGCCUGCCUGAGUAGUAGAGCACAGAAACAAACCUGUUUGUCUGGCUGAAACCAGGAAACCAAUCAAAGGCAGAAGAGAGACAGAGAGAGGGUGACAUCGAGAAAGAGAGACAGAGAAGAAAAAGCAAACCUUUGUGGCAAGGACAGAGAGCAUGUUUCCGCUGCACUGUGAGUACAUAUAGAAUAUUGGACUGCUGUGUAUGCAUAAAUAUAACCAAGGUCAACUAGUUGGCAACCAAGACUGAAUGAGUAGAGUCAGGGUGGAGAGAAAGGAGUGGGAUGAUAAAAGUUAAAAGUCAGUCCUGCCUUUGUGUUUAGUUCACUCUUUUUUCCAUAGUUGACACCGCGUGUCGCCCCGAAGCCGACCCUGUGAAUUUUUUUUCUUAUUUCUUUCUUAAGCUUUGACACAGGACUGUGAAGCUACAAACAAACAGCAGUGGCGGGUUUGAAUGGAAGUUCUCAGGUUUGGAUGUAUUUUUUUUUUUUUUGAAGAUCCUGUAACUGCACAUGUCCGCUCCUGCUCGAUGUAACGCUGUUGUAUUUGCAAUAAUGUGGACCAAGGACGGACGCUGUAUGGAGAGGCUAAGAUGUGUACUUCUCAGUUGGAGCUGAGAACUCAUGAAAACCAUUGCAAAGACAACAAAUAGCCAGUGUCAAUCCACACACAUCAAGAUGCUGAGACAUCACACCUCCUAGCACACUAGGACAUUUGUUAUUUUUGUUACUCCCCCACUCAUGAACACAGACAGAUAGACAUUUAAAGUAGUUUUUGGUUCACGAGAGCGAAAUGAUGGCGGCAGCUGGUUCAAACUCGCAGCCCCCCCUGAGCGCGGACCGAAGGCUGGUGGACAAGGCCCUCAGAAGACUGGACAAGCUCCAAGAGCUGUGCACUAAUCCCCGGCUGGGUCUGAGGAACAGUCCGCCGUACCUGCCAGAGCUGGUAUCUGAGACGGCAGCACUGCUCCUGCAGGUUUGGGAGCCCUACAGAGGCUCCAAGGCCGCAGGCGGACAGGUGCCCCGGGGUGACGAGGCCAGCUACCUGAGGAUCCAUGUCAGAAACCUGCUGGAUAAGACAGAGCGGGCCGUGCUGCUGUUCAAAGAGGGACGGGAAAAGAUAUUUGAGGAGACAUCCAGCUACAGGAGAAACUUGACCAAACUGUCUCUGCUGUUCAGCCACAUGCUGUGGGAGAUGAAGGCCUUGUUUCCAGGUGGAUCUUUUCAGGGUGACACCUACAGGGUGACUAAGGCAGAGGCUGAGAAGUUUUGGUGGCAUUCAUUCGGCAACAAGUGUAUAGUUCAGUGGAAUCGUUUUAAAGAGGAGCUGCGGAGUGUGCAUACAUUUGAGCAAGGGAUGGAGUCCAUGGCUCUCAAGUCAACCAUCGAUCUCACCUGCAAUGACCACAUAUCUGUGUUUGAGUUUGACACCUUCACUAGACUGUUUCAGCCCUGGAAGUCACUUCUAAGGAACUGGAACCAGCUGGCAGUGACUCAUCCAGGCUACAUGGCCUUCCUCACCUAUGACCAGGUCGUAGCUCGUCUGGGACACUACCUGCACAGGCCUGGAAGCUAUAUCUUCCGUCUAAGCUGCACAAGAAUGGGCCAGUGGGCGAUUGGUCACGUGACCACUGAUGGUGGCAUCGUCCAAACAAUCCCUCAGAAUACACCUCUCUACCAAGCACUCCUUGAAGGCUUCAGUGAGGGCUGCUACCUGUACCCAGAUGGCCGUGACAUGGCCCCCGACCUGACGAGCUUGUGUGAACCAUUCCAGAGGGGCAAAGUCAGAGUUACAGAAGAGCAGUAUGAGCUUUACUGUGAGAUCGGCAGCACCUUCCAGCUGUGCAAGAUCUGUACAGAGCGGGAUAAGGACACUCGUAUUCAACCCUGUGGGCAUCUCCUGUGCCAACCCUGCCUGACAGGCUGGCAGAAGAAGUCUGCCGACAACACGUGUCCAUACUGUCGCUGUGACAUCAGAGGGACAGAGUCCAUACUCGUCGAGCCCUACCUGCCAGGCAGCGGUCACCGGGAGGAGGAGGAGGAGGAGGAGGAGGAUGCCGAGGAGGAGGACCACGAGGACAUUGAACUCGUGGUAAAAGAAAUGGCCUUGAGGAAGUUCUCAAGUUUGGAUUACCAAGUGCCCAGCUCCCGCCUCUGCGCUCCACCUCUGCCCACUAAAAACAGCACAACCCCACGCUAUUCACCUCCCACCCGCCGGCCAGCGACAUCAGAAACCAAGACGCUGGCCAAACACUCCCACUCCAGUUCGACUCACGGUGUCAAUGAAGCACGUAGGAGACACAAACAAAAGGCAAACAUUAACAGGUGUCACAGGGAGGAGUCACACAGCAGUGAGGAGGGGGACCCUGGGGGGCUGACGUCGCCUAUGCCGCACCAACUCUCCCACAGCGCCGAAUACUUCACAGAAGCAACUUUGUCGUCUGCAUCCCAGCGGGUUGUUAACAGUGGAGCCGCGUGGCUCGGACCCGCCCACCCAGUCAGAGAGAGGAGAACACAUAAGGAGAGGGAGGAAAGGAGAACCGGCCCCAGAAAAGACAAAUAUGAUCUGUGUGAGAUGACGAGAACAAUGUCAUCCUGACGAAAACACAAAGAGAGACCCACGGCGAAACAAAGACUCAGAAGCUUCAAGAAAUCCGCCCUCAGAGAAUAUGAAAAUGGUUUUCAUGUUAGACUGUAGUUGACCACAUGUUUCUGCUGCACUGCUGAAGUUGAGACGUGUGGGCUGGACCGACAGAAACCUUGUCCACUGAGGCUUCCUACUGUUGAAUAAUCACACUGCCAUUAUCUCCACAGUAGGUUCAGCACGGAUUCUCCACCGAACCCUGACGCACGUCUUUCUUCUUCAUAAUUAAAGCAUUUUCUGAGCCUCUAUCCAAUAAUAGAAACAAAUGAAAGGCUUGAUAUUUGAAAAUGUAAUUAUGUGGAGGAAUGAACAGGGGCAAUCAAACCCUUGAGAGUUGAAACAUAAGAAAUAUGCUACUUCGUCAUUUAACCCAUGAAAUUGAAAUGGGAAAAGUGAAUAAAGGUGUAGAUCAAACAAACAACCUUUUACGGUACUAAAGCAAAAGAAUAAACCCGUAACUGACACGCA